CAAGCAAUUUGUUCAUUUGUUCUGUCAAGACUUCAAUAUUGCUAGCUAGUGAAAAAUGAGUGCUAGGAUGAUUGCAGUUCUUGUCCUCUUGGCCMUUUGCUCUCAAGCUUUAGCCUCUGACCCAAGUCCUCUGCAAGACUUCUGUGUUGCCAUUAAAGACACUGAGACUCCUGUAUUCGUGAAUGGGAAGUUUUGCAAGAAUCCAAACUACACAACAGCAGAUGAUUUNUUCUUUUCCGGCCUUGACAAGCCCGGAAACACGUCCAACCCUGUUGGCUCCAAAGUCACACCUGUAAAUGUGAUGCAAUUGCCUGGUCUCAAUACUCUUGGCAUUUCCUUAGUUCGCAUAGAUUAUGCUCCCUACGGCCUGAAUCCACCCCACACCCACCCCCGCGCCACCGAGGUGUUAGUUGUGUUGGAGGGUACACUCUACGUAGGCUUCGUCACAUCCAAUCCUGAAAAUCGCCUUAUUACCAAGACCCUUAACAAGGGAGAUGUAUUUGUAUUCCCAGUUGGUCUCAUUCACUUCCAGUUCAAUGUGGGGCACACCAAUGCCGUCGCCUUUGCCGGUUUGAGCAGUCAGAACCCUGGUACAAUCACCAUUGCUAAUGCUGUGUUUGGAUCCAAKCCACCCAUCAAAGAUGAUGUUCUUGCAAAGGCUUUCCAAGUUGACAAGAAGGUGAUCGAUUAUCUUCAAGCUCAGUUCUGGAUGGACAACAACUAAAACUAAAAACAACCACCACUCCCAAUAAGAAUACUUUUUAUUCCUUCACCAAUAAUGGGGUUUGUUCCAAGUUCAUGAAGAUUAUCAUAAUGUGAUUAGUGUUUGUAUCUGUUCUAAAUAUAUGUGAUGCUUAAUUAUAACAAUUUAAACAAUUAUGUAUACGGGUUCUGUUUGUUUCCCACUAGAAAAUAAAGAAACAUGGGUCGAUUUAUAUUGGUUCAGUUUGUUUAAUUACAGUUCGAAUUUCAUUUGAAGUGAUGUAAAUGCAUGCAAAUAGGUUGAUUGUAAAUUCUGGCUUUUUUUA